GAAAUUGUUAUCCCUUUUCGUGUUUUUGUAAUAUCCAAAAUAAUAAGCAGAUUGCUUGUUCUUGUUUUUCAAUUUCAGUAGUGAUAAAUCUAGAAAUGGAGGCUUCGAAAUUUUUACUCUCUGGUUUAUUGCUGACUGUCUGCGCUUUGAUUUUUCAACUCGUUGGUUUAGCUUCACCUAAUUGGAUAACGACAUAUGUACGAGGAGUUAAAUUACAAAUUGGUUUAUGGAAACUGUGCGCAAAAGUUCGUAAAAGAAAUUGGUGCCUUGAGCAUAAGGAUGUAAGAGAUUUUUUAGAACCUGUGAGAGCAACAGCUAUAGUAGGAUUCAUUUCACUUUUAUUUGCUCUUGUUCUGAUAAUUUUGAAAAUUUUUGUCAUGAAAGACAAGAAGAACAUUCUGUUUGUGGCAAUAGGAAGCACUUUUGUUGGAGCAUUUUUUAUUUUGGUCUCAAUUGCUGACUUCGCAAGAAAAAUAGAUGAUGACUUCAAUUCCGAUGGAGAAGAGCUAGAGUACGAUUUCUCCUUCGCAUUUGCCUUGUGUAUCAUAGCAAUGUUAUCAUCACUCAGUGCUGGAGCUGUCAUGAUCGCAGAUGCUGUUAAAACUGGUUAAAUCUAUAUAUAACUAUUUAUAAUGCCGAUGGUCUCAAUGUUUACAAAAAUUUUAAGAGUGACAACUCAUCUGUUGAUUUUUAUAACAUCGAGUUUGUUCUGAUAAUAUUUAGAUACAAUUGUUUUUACUAAUGAAAACUAACCACAUGAAACUGUUGUAUUAUGGCAUGUAUGAUGAAAUUGACCAAAUACAUGUAUCCACAAUAUGAACAUGUGUAACUGAGUCAAAUGAAGAUAAAAAAUAAACCUAAUGGUUUAAAAGGUAAAUAAAUGUCAGCACUUUGCCAUUUAGUUUCUCUGUGUUUAUCAUUUAGUUGCUUUUUUGAAAUUAAUAUAUACAUGUACAUGUGUAACAGGGUUUUUAUC